AGUUCUAUUGGACAGCUCUGGUCACGGUGUUCCCAAAAGGCUGAUGAACCAGAAGAAGGAAGGAGGGAAGAUUCAUUGGAUGCCUAAGGAAUAUUUUGAAAACAAUUGCCCUGGGUCAGAUAUUGUCCUUGUGUAUAUGUGGAACAGCCAUCACCAGCCAGUAUUUGGCAGAAAAAUACGAAGUGAACACCCCCAUGCUUCAGAGCUUUAUCAACUAUUGCUUGCUGUUUCUAGUUUAUACAGUGAUGCUGGCAUUUCAGUCAGGCCCUGAUAGCCUUUUACACAUCUUGAAAAGAAAAUGGUGGAAGUACAUCCUGCUGGGCCUAGCAGAUGUGGAAGCGAAUUACCUGAUUGUCAAAGCGUACCAGUACACAACUCUCACCAGCGUCCAGCUUUUGGAUUGCUUUGGAAUUCCCGUGUUGAUGGCUCUCUCCUGGUUCAUCCUUUAUGCAAGAUACAGAGUGAUCCAUUUCGUUGCCGUGGCUAUCUGUCUGCUGGGCGUAGGAACUAUGGUUGGUGCAGACAUAUUAGCAAAGAGGAGCGACAAUUCAGGCAGUGAUGUACUGAUUGGUGACAUCUUCGUCCUUGUUGGGGCUUCCCUCUAUGCCAUUUCUAAUGUGUGUGAAGAGUACAUUGUGAAGAAGCUGAGCAGGCAGGAGUUUCUAGGAAUGCUGGGCUUAUUUGGAACAAUCAUCAGUGGCAUACAGCUAUUGCUUAUGGAAUAUAAGAAUAUUGCCAGCAUUCAUUGGGACUGGAAAAUUGCCCUGCUGUUCGUGGCAUUUGCCCUCUGUAUGUUCUGCCUGUACAGCUUCAUGCCACUGGUGAUUAAAGUUACCAGUGCCACCUCAGUGAACCUGGGCAUCCUGACAUCUGACCUCUACAGCCUUUUCUUUGGGCUCUUUCUCUUUGGCUAUACGUUUUCGGGGCUCUACAUCCUGUCUUUCGCCGUCAUCAUGGUGGGCUUUAUUCUGUACUGCUCCACCCCGACGCGCACGGCGGAGCCGGCCGAGAGCAGCGUGCCCCCCGUCACCAGCAUUGGCAUCGACAACCUGGGCCUGAAGCUGGAGGAGAACCUCCAGGAGACCCACUCGGCAUUCCUGUAGCUGGAGAAGAAGGGGCGCCGUCCCCUCGAGGCCUCCUGGGAAACGGGGAGCUGCCACUGGGACAAAGCAGAGCCUGCUGACUGCCGAGUGGAAACCUGGGAAAUGAUCAGACUGAGAGCAAACACUCGGAGCAUCGGAUUGGAUCCACCGGUUAGAUUUCACAAAGGGAUGGCCUGCAAGUAGAAAUACCAAGAUGAAGCAGAAGCCAAGGCGAGGACUGUGUUUCUGUGUGUGUGAGGGCCAACACUGUGUGUGUGAGGGCCCAGUGUCAGGAGACAGGGUUUGGCUCCAUUCUGGGGUCUUGGAGGCACAGGUGGGUGAGCAGGAUGGGGCAGAACCCACACAUGAGCCAGCCUCAGAACUGGGCUGUCGAGGCUGGGCUGGUGGGCAGGAGUAGGGGCGGUCCAGGGCAGUUUGGGAGUGGGCUUCCUCUCGGUUUUGUCCUUCUGAGGCAGCCAUUGUCCACAAGCCCCAGCUGAGGUCUGGGGACUGCUUGCACACGGCAGGAAAGUGGGUGGGGCAGCCCCGGAGAAUCCUGAGACACAGUGAGCGCCACAGAAGCUUUGGAGUGGAGUGCCGUAAACCCAGGGACCCUCUCUUCUUGGUUAAAGAGGAUGCUACCCCACUUCUUACAACGAUUUACGCUCCGUGAGAUUUUUAUGAUCCUUCUUCAAUGAAAGUGUUCAUAGGCAGCAUCAUUAUGAUACCAACUACCAGUGUGCAACUUUACAGAAACUGCAUGUAAGCUUUUUUUGGAUAAAAAUAUAAUAAAAGAAAUUGAGGAUAAGUGUUCAUAUUAUUAAAAGAUUUCUGAUUUCAUGGAAA